AGAACUUCAGUCCCCAUGUUGAAACUCGUCGGUGGCGGUGGCGGGCAGCACUGGGCAUGCUCAGUAGCGGGGACAGGUCUGGGAGGCAAGGAAGCAGCGUUUGAAGUCGCGCGGCCCGGGGAUCAGGAGGACGCGGGUUGUGGGGUCCCCGGCUGGGGGUCCGCGGGGAUCCCCGAUUCCGCGCCGGGAGCCGUCAUGCUCCCGGCCGGCGCGGCGGGGCGGGCGCGCGGGGGGCAGAGCGCUGAGGAGCGGGGGGAGCCGGUGGGAGAAGGGGAGGAGCGCCGGGCUCGCCAUCCCCCGGCGCCGGCUCUGCGGCUGCUGAAUCGGAAACCGCAGGGAGGAUCCGGGGAAAUAAAGACGACCGAGAAUGACCUCCAGCGAGGCCGCCUGAGCCGGGGCCCGCGCGCCGCCGCACCAGCUCCUGGCAUGGGCGACCGGGGCGGGCGGCCGGAGCAUUCGGCCACGCACGCCCCGGNCGGGGCCCCCGCCGACACCGGCGCUGCCGCCGUGAACGGGCUGCUGCACAACGGCUUCCACCCGCCGCCAGUCCAGCCGCCGCGCCUCUGCAGCCGGGGCCCCGCGGGCGGUGGCGACGCGGCGCCCCCGCGCCUCCCGCUCUUGCCGGAGCUCCAGCCGCAGCCACCGCCCCCUCAGCACGACUCCCCGGCCAAGAAAUGCCGGCUGCGGAGGAGGAUGGACUCUGGGAGAAAGAAUAGGCCGCCAUUCCCCUGGUUCGGCAUGGAUAUCGGUGGAACACUGGUUAAGUUGGUCUACUUUGAACCAAAGGACAUUACAGCCGAAGAGGAACAAGAGGAGGUGGAGAACCUGAAGAGCAUCAGGAAAUAUUUGACUUCCAACACCGCCUACGGGAAAACCGGGAUCCGAGACGUCCACCUGGAACUGAAAAAUCUGACCAUGUGUGGGCGCAAAGGGAACCUGCACUUCAUCCGCUUCCCCAGCUGUGCCAUGCACAGGUUCAUCCAGAUGGGCAGCGAGAAGAACUUCUCCAGCCUUCACACCACGCUCUGCGCCACGGGAGGCGGGGCGUUCAAGUUCGAAAAGGACUUCAGAAUGAUUGCUGACCUGCAGCUCCAUAAACUGGAUGAACUGGACUGUCUGAUUCAGGGCCUGCUUUACGUUGACUCCAUUGGCUUCAACGGCAAGCCGGAAUGUUACUAUUUUGAAAAUCCCACAAAUCCUGAAUUGUGUCAAAAAAAGCCGUACUGCCUUGAUAACCCAUACCCUAUGUUGCUGGUGAACAUGGGCUCAGGGGUCAGCAUUCUAGCAGUGUACUCCAAGGACAACUAUAAAAGAGUUACAGGGACCAGUCUUGGAGGUGGAACAUUCCUAGGCCUAUGUUGCUUGCUGACUGGUUGUGAGACCUUUGAAGAAGCUCUGGAAAUGGCAGCUAAAGGCGACAGCACCAAUGUUGAUAAGCUGGUGAAGGACAUUUACGGAGGAGACUAUGAACGAUUUGGCCUUCAAGGAUCCGCUGUAGCAUCAAGCUUUGGCAACAUGAUGAGUAAGGAAAAGCGAGAUUCCAUCAGCAAGGAAGACCUCGCCCGAGCCACACUGGUCACCAUCACCAACAACAUUGGCUCCAUUGCUCGGAUGUGUGCGUUGAAUGAGAAUAUUGACAGAGUUGUGUUUGUUGGGAACUUUCUCAGAAUCAAUAUGGUCUCCAUGAAGCUGCUAGCAUAUGCAAUGGAUUUUUGGUCCAAAGGACAGCUAAAAGCUCUGUUUUUGGAACAUGAGGGUUAUUUUGGAGCUGUUGGGGCACUGCUGGAACUGUUCAAGAUGACUGAUGACCAGUAGUGACGACCGGCGGAUAGGAGCGCCUUCUGUGAGAACAGAGAGCUGAGAGUCGCGGCUGGAGGAGGUCGAUGCCGCUGUGGGACGGAAGCUAAGCCAUUAUGGCAGACGUACCUGCUGGAUCUGUAAAUAACUUAAAAUCCUUCUAGCUGAUCUUUUACUCUUGGGUUUUGAGCUGAUGAUUCAAAAUGGGGAAGAUGAGUUUUUUCUGUAUACUGUAUUUAAAAAAAAAAAAUUGUGCAGUGAGGCCAAACCUACGAAUUUUAUGCAUUAACCUUGAGAAGUUGUAUGAUGUGUAAGAAGGACCCGAAAUGUAAGUGCUGUUUAUUUUUCUUCUGGGGUUUACUGAUCAGUGUGGUAAUUUUAACUUCAUUUAGUAAUUACUCUAGGAGAUUCUAUCUUUACUUAUAUUCUUCAUGACGUUUCAUGAUUUGCUGUUGGUUUCAAAUGAAACUACAAAUCUGGCGUGUUUGACUGUGAACACGAUUUUGUUUGUUUAUAUACCUUUUUUCAUCUUGUUUUCUUUUUUUUUUUUCUGUUGGAAUGUCUUAUGGAGAAAGAGAGUCCUUCCCCCUGUUUCUGUCCUCAAAUGACUCCCUCUCCUCCCCAAUACCUUUCUUGAACCUUAUUGUUUGUAUCAAUCAAGGUGCUGACCAACUCGAUACGAAGUUUUAAGCACGAGAUCGAAAGUUCUCGAAAGUGCCCUUGAUGAGAAAACCCUGAAAGUGUUCAUGAAUUUUAUGAGUCAGGCAAAAGUUGAAAAUGAUAUGCAAUUUUGUCUUAACCCUUACGAAUAUGGAAUGUUUUGUUGGAUUUAUCUUCUGUUAGGUUAUAUUAAAUUGAAAUGUUCUCUGAUGAAAUGUCCUCAUUCAUGCCCAGCCUGUGAGUGGCAGCAAAUCCUUAUGCAGGAAUUUGGAACUUCCCAGGUAAAGUCUCCCAGUAGAUUAACAUUUCACAUUGGGAGAUGGGGGAGAAGUCAUGGGUUGAGGUGUUAGUUAGUAAUACCUAUUUGUUUUGUACUUGUAUGUACAUAGGAGCUUUGUAACAAGGCAUCUUAAGUAAUAACAUUUUUUCAUUUGAUAUAUUUCAAACUGAAAACCGUAUUUCAAUCCCAGUUUCUAAUAUUUAAAAAAAAAUCAUGAUGCUGAUCUAUCUAUGCAUAUUUUUUUUCUUUUUUGAAAGAUGUCAUUGGAACAGAUGGGUAACUUUCAAAUGAGAGUCUUGUACAAAUAUUGAAACGCAUGAGAUCUAAUGAUUUAGAACUGAUUAAUCUUUUGAAUUGAGCAUAUUGUUGAAAGGGAUUUUUGAAGGCAGUACAAUUCCUCCAUGGUGAAUCUUUCCUUCUCUGCCUCCUGAGCACCAUCUUUAAUUACCAUAUCUUCAAGUCUUGAAGAACUUGAUGUUAAUUGAAGUAUUCACUUGUCUGGUUGAAAUAAAGCCUGUUUCUGUUGUGA